AUGUCAAAAUACAUCAGCUUUUUGGGAGGGUUGAAGGAGGCGGAAAACGACAAACUGGCAGCGCGGGAAGGAGCAACAAGAGAUUUGCAAUGUUGUUGGGGUAGGCGAGUGAAAUCAACCGCAAAGAGAUUGCGCUGGGAGGAUGAGAAGACAAAUAACAGAGCGCCGAAUAAUACUAUCAUCAGACAGAUAUUCGUUCGGUGGAGUAGCAGCAGUAGUAGUAGUAGUAGUAGUAAUGCCGAAAGCUUGCCAUUGGCAACGGGAACGAGCCCCUCGCGUGAGCUGUCCGAUGAAAAGCCUAGUGAUAUCCGUCGGGAAAAGCUGUCAAUUGCUCUUCUUGGAAGCGUCAGCUUAGAUUACGAUACGGUUAUAAACUUCCUUAUCUAUGAUUGGAACAAGAACACCUUUGCCGAUCAUGGCACCCUGGAGACGAACUUCGAUGCGUUCGGCUGCAAAGCGACCGAUCCGUUCGUGGUGAUCGUACACGGCUGGACGGAGGGUUGCAGCAAAACGCAGUGGGUCCGGGAGAUGCUCAACAACUUCGUCCUCAAGCGGAAGGGCUGCAUCAUGUGCCUCAACUACGCCACCAUCGCGGCCAUGGAAUACACCAAAGCCGUAGAGCAAAUGGACGCCAUCGCGCGCACGUUGGAGAAGAAACUACGCCAACUGUUCGCCUUCGGGAUGGCGCCAGCGAAUGGCAUGCUGUUCGCGUUCAGCUUAGGAACCCACGUCGCCUUCCAGGCGGGCCGCAACCUGGGCACGCAAAAGCUGGCCCGAAUCGAUGCCUGUGAUGCGGCGUGGCUGGGAUUUGACCAGAACUCUACAUACAGCAGUCUGAGCGUGAUGGAUUCGGCCACCAGCGUACAGUGCAUCCACACCAGCACCGACUUCGGCACGCAGAGGCGCGUCUGUCACAAGGACUGGCAGAUGGGUUACUGCGGAUGGUUCCAGUUCGCCGCCGGCACGAAGACUUCGCAUGGUCUCUGCCCGGAGUUCUACAAUGCCGCGUUUUGGUUCGACUUUCCGGCUAUCUCCAACCCGUACUAUUGCCCCACCACGCGCGCCGUUAGCUCCUGGCCGUCCGGGUUUAAGAUGGGUUACUACAUGCCUCAGACCUCUUUCGUAGGAGAUUUGUUCGCGAGAACUUCAACGCAGUAUCCGUACAACUGA